UCAGUGAAUCUGCGAUCGCCUACCCCUCGAACCUCCGCUCUGGCAGUGAUUGUUUUCGCCUGCUCGUCUUGUUUUCAUGAAAUGAACGGACGUAAGAGCAGCUAGCUUGCCCACUGCACGGCUCUGUCAGAAAAAGGAGAGGAGAACCUCCUGUCCAGACAAGCAACAUCAUGGACGCCUGUGCACGGAUCAGAGGUGUCCCAAUAAAGAGCCGUGCCACCAUGAAGAAAGAGACCAUCCGUGAGGGCUCAAACCCGUGCCUGAAGAGUUUGUUGAAACACAAAAAGGAGCUGUGCAAUGUGGUUGUGGAGCUGCAUAAUAAAGAACCGCAGUGUCUGUCAGAAGUACAUUAUGUUUGCUUACCUAGUCAUGCUGAGGGAGAGGACUUCACUCUACAGGCUCUGACGUCACUUUCUACUGAAAUGAUGGAGUUGCUUAGGUCACUACAUGUACAUAAUCUUAAAGAUGAAGAGAUUCUACUUCUCAAAGAUCCUAAAAGACCUUUUGAGAGAAAAGACAGUGUUUCUCAGGCCUGUUCAAGAGCCUUGUGUAUACUGAGGCAUAGUCCCACCUCUCAAACUAAUGUUUGCACCAUGCUGGGGUUGUUGGCUCGGUACAGCGCUGGAAUAAGGUAUGCCCUGGAGUUACAGGUUCUGCACAGAGGCAAUUCAGAAUCAUGUCAGGCUGAGGAUGAUGACACCAAUCAGUCUGUCUCUUCUAUCGAAGAGGACUUUGUUACAGCUCUUGAGCAUCUCGAAGAAGAUGACACAGGUUCUCAUGGUCACAGGAACCAAAGGGAUGUGGCAUCCCAGACAGUCCCCUCUCAUUUGAAAGACCUAACUGGAUCUCACAUAAUUUUAAGUUCCAUUCCCAAGAAGUCAUCGCGCAGAGAAAAGGCUCAGGCAAAAGUGUCAGAAACCGUGAUAAAGUCAAUAGCAUUUCAAAGAAAUUCAGAGAGCCCAUGUGUACUUGGCAGUCCGCCAAAAGGACGUGCUACUGCCACGUCCCUUACUGAGUCAGAUGAUUCAGAUUGCUCAAGUCCCAGCCCAAUUAUAUUCUUGGAUGAAGUUGGAUAUCAGAAGAGUCUAAAAGCAAAACUUGACAUCCCCAAGAUCCCUGUUUUAAAGGAUGGAGUAGAAGACUCUGACUCAGAAGUUAGUGAAUUUUUCGACAGCUUUGAUCAGUUUGAUGAACUAGACCAGUCUUUUGAUUCCAUUGUCAAGGCUCAUAAAGAACACCCUGGUCAAACAGAGAAGCAUGUUGACAAGUCUGGAUGUAAAUUCGUAUCAAGGGGGUGCUCAACCACAGGAAUGAACCCUCACAAGUUUGAUCAUAGGACUCUUCCAGCCAAUGUCAAGAAACCAACCCCACUUAAACCAGGAUCACCCUAUAGUAUUCAGUCUGACUCACCAGAAUCCCCACGGCUGGCAAGGACUCCCUGCGAGGAAAGCGGGCCACUCUUCAGCCCAGUUCGUUCAUCUGCAUUUAGCCCACUGGGAGAAGGAGGGUCCUUAGAGUAUUUUUGGAAGGGGGACAGUGAGGGUUCAGAAUUACGUAAACCACAGGACCUUUGCUCGCUGUACAAAACGUACUCUGAUUUUGCCAACAGUUUGUCAAAAGAAAUCCUUGGAUCAGUUUGUGGGUACUCCUCCCCUGUUGAUUUUAACAUUAAUAAAAACCUGAGCUGUGUGUGUCAUAAGGAGUUCCAAAAUACUAAUGGACAUCUCAUGAAGCUUUCAGACAUCCAGGAGACAGUCACCAUCACCAAAUCCCAGUCACAGUCUCUUAAGGAUGGGAUUCAGAAAUUUGCUACAGACUUGGUUGAAAGGAGCCUUGGCAGUGCCUUAAGGGACUUGCAGAAAGGUGUGUCCUCCUGUACCACUACGCUUUGCCAUAUGGCUGCAAGGUUGACUUCUUCAGUUUUUCAAAUGGCCUUUCAUGAGAUAGGUAUGCGCCAUGCAUAUGUGUUAAAAGAGCGUGCCAUAAAUGGUCUAGCCAAUUUCUUAGUAGGGGAGGCAAUUUCUGGAGCCCUCAAAGAGUUCUUGUUUGUGAAAAAGCAGAUUUUUAAUAACACUGUCACACGAUUUGCUGCAGAUCUGGCCGAGGAAUUAGUGUUUGAAGGAAUUAUGGAGGUAUGCCAGUUUUCACAUCCCUCAACACCACUCACACCAAGUGACUGGUCAUUUGAGCAAGAGGAGGAAGUGGUUUCAUCCUAUGCCUCCGAUCUCUCUGAGUCUGUUUUGCAAGAGGCUUUUAUAGAGCUCUCUCAAGCUGAUGUGACUUUUACUACACAGGCAGCUAUCAGUGUGUCAGUAGACAACAUUUGCUAUGUGAGUGCUGAAGAUAGUUCUCAUAUUACAAAAACCUGCAGUUCUCAAUCUAGCUAUCUUGGAUCACAGAUUGUCACAGAGGUUGCAAAUCAAGAGCAGGGUGGUUGCACAGUUAAGAAAGCCUUGUAUUGUGUGUCAGGUAUGGCCAGUUGUGUUCCAGUUCCUGUGGCUGGCAAGGUCAUAUCUCAUGUACACAGCUCAGAUGAACCUUCUCAGUAUAAACACAGUAUUGAUCAUGUAUGUCAGACCAGCCCUAAAAGAACCAUAUGUUGCCAAGGGGAGGCAGCAUCCUCAAGCUCAGAUAUCUCUGCUACAACUCAGACUGAAACUUCCCCAGGUCCUGCAAGAAUCCAAAAUGCCAGUGUUGAGGAAAUUGUUAGCAGUCCAUCCACUGAAAAUGAUUCCAGCAAACCCUCAAUUGGAAAGACUUUUCAAAACUUCUCUGGGAAUAUGGUGGACACAAUAGUAGGUGAGGCAUUCGAUCUUAUGCAUUCCUCAACAAAAGUGAAAAAGAAAGUUGAGGACUGUGCAGACUUUUUGAACAAAACAAUAGCAGCUCGUAUAUCCACUCCAACCCAUGGAGUUGUCAAAUUAAAUGAUGUAUCAGGUCAAAAAGGUUGCCAUCAGACUCCCUUUCACUUGACAUCAAAAGGCUCUUGUGACACAUCCUCGAGAACUGUUCGUCCGGUCUCCAAGCUUACCCCAGAGGUCCGCUCUGUAGCGAGAAGGGACGUAUUGGAGGUGCCAAGUUUUGAGUUUCACUCAUGUGGUGGUAGAAGAGCAGCUGCUGAAGACUCAUUAAGCAGCAACUCUGGAUCAAAAUCAGUUGAAAUCCCAAGCACUCCACCCUCGAGUCCUCAACAGCCAUCUGAUGAGCACAGUGAGAAACAGAUUAGACAGUUCUCAAAGAAGCUCAAAGGAACACUUGCAAAAGAAUUUUCUCCUGCAACUCCUCCACCCACCCCGUAUUACCCGCCUGUUACAGAUGUCAAAGAAAAAGGUUCUGUUUCUGACAAGGCUGAUUUCAUGCUGAAACUCAUUAGGUCUCUCUCUGAAGAAGCAGUCAGUAAUGAAGAUGAGGAGGAAGACCAAGAAGAUGGUCCUCACACUAGAAACUCCCAGGAAAAGAUGAGUCCCAGUGUCAGGAGUAGAAUGAUUGAGAGGAGUGCCCUCCAUUAUGCAGAGCGUUUAGCAUGCCACAUUGUGUCCAUGGCAACUGAGAUGGACACACUCAGCCUCGGAGAUGUGAAAAAGCCUGUGGGUGAUGAGAGCAAAGACAGUAUUGCCUUGCAUAGUGCACAGUUUUCAGAGCAGACUUUGAAUUCUUUGUGGACGUAUGCUGGAGAAGUGGCUGGAGAAGUCAUCAAUGAUGUCAAAAGGAUGAUAAGUUCAACCCAUUGUCGUCACAAAACGAUAAAAAGAGGAUCUGUGUAUUCUGCAGACAAGCAUCAGAAUGGAGAAGGCCUUUUAGGAAGUUUGACUUGUCAAUGGUCUAGUGAUGUUCAAGCAAGUGGCGGUUCAAGUGGAAUGUCAUCAGAAUAUCCGAGUUGUGAGAGUGUGACUGACGAAUAUGCAGGUUACCUCAUUAAGGUGCUCAAGAAGGAGGGAGGCAACAGAGAGCUUAUAUUGGAUCAGUAUGCCACACGUUUGGCAUAUCGAUCAAUUAAGUCUGGCUUAGCUCAUGCAGCACGGAAAAUAAAGCAGAGGUCUCCUUUGAGGCUUCACUCCUCUCGUCGAUUACACAAUGAUCACAGUCCUGAGGUUUCUCAAAUUUCCAUAUCUAUGUCACCCCACACUGCAGUAACUGAUGGCAAAGAUGGGUCCUCCUGUGAAUCUCUGCCAUGUGCCUGUCAAGAUAGUCAAGACUUGAGCAGUAACGAAUAUGUUGAACUUGUGAGCUUUGCAGAGUCGCUGGCCUACAACAUCACAUGUGAUGUCACGAGAAAGCUGAGAAUGUCGUCAGUUAGAAUGCCUAAAUCGCUCACUGAUUCUUGCCUCUACAGGAAAUCUACUGUUGAGGACGUGCCUGAAAAUCUCAUCAAGGGUACAUUUUCAUGCUCCCCUUUACCUUUCGCUGAAGCAAACAGGCUGUAUCACAGUACGAGCAGUUUGAAUGAUGGUAAAAGCAACAGCGGUGUCAUGCAAGUGAUUGAACAUUAUGCCAGGAAAAUUGUUGAUGACACUUUGGAAAUGACACUGGGGCCGGCAUGUGUUCAGGCAGCGGGGGACAGGAGAGCACUUGAACCCAAUUCCUUUACAGAAAAACUGGCUGAGGCAUGUGAAACCUGUCGAUAUUGCCAAGGUCGAGAUUGCUUGUUUUGCAGUCGAGAUGGACGUCGCGGUUUUCAGGGUCUGAAAAUAAGAAGGCAACAAGAGUCUGGUGCAGUGACUGGUUUGGAUAUUCCUAGAAUUCACAUUGAUUUGGAGAAAAGAACUGCUUUUGCUGAAGAAAUGGUAUCCAGUGCUAUUGAGAAAGCCAAGAAGGAACUGAGCUGCACCAGCCUGAAUGCUGACAGUGGGAUUGGUCAUGAUGGCGCAAGCUUUGCAGAAAGUCUCACCACAGAGAUUAUGACAUCCGCAUUGUCCAAUGCCUGCCAAACCAUCAAUCUCGGGACUCCUAGAAAAGAGGGUGGCAAUGUGACGGAGUCAACAGUGAGUCAGCAGCUCAGUUUGAGUGUUGGAGAUGAUAGUCUUGGGAGCUGGUCCAAUCUGAGUUUUGAAGAAGACCACCCAGAUGAGAGCAGUAGCUUUCACCAUCUAAGUGACAGUGUUUGUGUUUUUCUCUCCCCCAGCAGUAAUGGAAACAGCAGUAGCUGGAGCAGUCUGGGUUUAGAAGGCGAGGUUUAUGAGGAACAUUUGUCCUUUUCUCCAUCAGACAGCGACUGCCCUGAAGAGAAGGAAGCAGAAGCCAAAGAGGAAUCAGCCGGAGCAGUGCGAGUGGAGAGGGAACAUGGACAGGCAGAAAAAGCUCUGCUGGUGGUCAGUACGGAUGUCCAGGGUCGGGCUGUGGACCCUCAGCUGAUGGCGGUGCUCCAGUGGAUUGCAGCCUCUGUUGCUGAUCUGUCUAUGAUGCAACUGAGCCAGUUUGCAGCACAGGAGGUCCAACAGCUGCCCGUCGUGGCUCAGAGACUGAGGGAGAGAGAGUUCAGGGUCGGUGACCUCCUGCAGGCUCUGCUCAGAUACAUUGAAGAGGAAGAACCAGAAUCUGGAGACUCGACACACAAUCACAAGAGCCUCUUCCAGUGGCUGCUAGAACAUGCGUAAAAAAAUCACCAUCACACUGACACCCAUUCAACAAUGAAGUUUCCUGUCACUUUUAACAGUGAUUUGCAAUGUAUCUGCCAAAACCUAGAGGCAUAGCCAGAGGAGUGUGUUUGCGUGUUGUGUAUCGCUUAUGCAUCCAGGGGGCGCCAUAGAAACAACUGAAGUCAUUUUUGAGAGCCGUUCGUUCAAGUGUGUGUAUUGCAUGCUGAGACCGAGAGUCCCUUUCGCUCGCUUUCGCCUCUCUCUUUUAUUUAGGUUAAGACUGCAUAUCACACAUUUCGGCGCAAUCACUGAUGCCUGCCUGUGUUUUCCUUUCACACCCUGCCACAGCAGAUAUGAUGGAUGGCUUUUAUGAGUUGCUUUCUUGCUAGGGAAUCCCCCUCGGCUGCAAGAAAAGCUUAUGUCAUCUCCAUACCUCUCCUUUUGCGGUGUCGUUCGCACUUGUUGAAGGGACCAGCCAUGCAAUGAAACAACGCUCCAGGUCACCGGAAGGAAUCUCAUGACAAAUAACUGUAAGCCGAAUCAGUCAGAGGUAAUUACAGCAAUUACUUAAUUAUGUUUAUAGGACUUUUUUUUGGCUGCAACACUUGGAUACCAGUCAUAACGGUUUAAGAAUAUCAGUAAUUACAGAGACGCCUAAAAUAGAUAGUAUUGAAUAAAUCCAUCAACAGAGUCGCUUAUACAUUCCCCACUUGUGACUCAGACAUUUUUCCAGUGGGAUAACAAUAAAAUCUUUUAGCUUUGCACAUUCACAGUGGUUUCAACUAAAUAAGUAUACCUGUAAAUAUGUUUUACUAUCUAUUAAAUUGAAUUAUUGUUUACACCAAACACUGCUCCAACGCCCAUAAACAGUCAAUCAUGCUUUAGAUCACUGAAGAGAUGUUUUGUUGCCAACCUACAGUAUAGGAAAAACACAAACAUUCUUUUAAAGCUAACGUUAAAGGCUGCUAAAUACGUAAAUCCCCUUUGCCAAAAGAGAAAAGUAGCAGUAAGCUGCUUUAAAACAGAAUUACACACAAUCCACAGGGGAAUUUUCAGUUUUUUUUUAUUUCCUCCUGGCAUUGUCUACUCAUGGAGGUUACUGUGACACACUAGUAAUGCACUACUAAAUGACGACACUUUUGCAGCGAGUAUAACUGUAACUAGUAGACUAUUUUACUCACUGCCCGCCCUUUAGUGUGCGCUACUCUGAAUAUUGCACUUUAGCAAGGAAUGGUCAGGCAAGCCAUUCCCUAUAUCUUUAUUUUGACCUCACAAAAUGCUUCUCAUUGCAAUCCAUAAAGGAUAGAAUCGCAGACAGCUAGUGUUUGACCCCUAUGGUCAGAACAAGUAUUCCCCAUGCUAUUUUGGGCUUAAAUGAAAAGGUGUCACUUUUAUUUUGCUCUCAUGUCAAUCUAAAUGUGCGUGUUGGUUUUAUUUGGGAACAGAUUUUAAAUAGGUUUGUUUAUCAAACUUGAAGUGUUCUAAUCCACAUUGUAGUCUAAAAAUAUAAAGGGUUUUGCAUCAUGUUUGAUUAUUACAGCACAACUAUUAUAUUUAUUGAAGGCAGGCGGAUUUUGAAGGUUUGGAUGAAGAUAAAUGUACUAUGUAGAUGCAGAAGUUGUCGAAAAAAAGCGCACAAGUUUCUUUUCAGUCAGAGUGAACUGACUUUGUAUAGUAUUGAGAGUCUUUCUUCUCGUUCAUUCAAGUAAAACAAAUGCAUACUAAUUUAGAACACCGAGAGCGAUUUAAAUUUGACUUGAAAGAAUCAUGAGGGUUUUUUUAUUAUGCUUCUUACAGUAGUUUUUCUUGAUAAGUUACUGUUUUCGUGUGAUUUGAUUGUGAGAUAAACAUAAUGCAGGCUAUCGCGGUUGUGAAGAUUGUUAUAUCUUGUGGAUUCUUUCAUGUUUAUUGCCAUGUAACACGCAUGAUGCGCUUUCAGUCCAGUUCAUGUACUUCUCUUUACUUGUGCAUGGAUGUAUUCUUAAACGCUGAUGCAUGGCUUAAAUCCAGUCGACAAUUAAUUGCUACAAUGGUAAAAAACAAACAAACAGACAUUUCUAUAUUCAUGCUGUUAUGUAUACUCAGCGCUGCCAAAUGUUUGGAUCUGUACUUUCAAAGUAUUUGUUUACAUUCUUUUGAAAUGUUUUUUUUUUUUUUUUUUUUUUAAAGAACCUGCCAUGCACUGUGUUAAGUUGGACAUUUCAAUAUGAUAGCAGUAUCAUAUAAACCAUAAUGUGGGAAAAGCAAAGACAGUAAAAUGUAUACAUUAAAGAAACACUUCUCUUUAUUUUGGUAAAUCGACUCGUUUUACAAUUCCCCUAGAGGUAAAAGUUGAGUUUUAUAUUUAUUUAUCCAUUUAGUGGUUUAGCUUAGCAUAAUUCAUUAACUCGGAUUAGACCAUUAGCAUAUUGCUCAAUUAAAAUAAAGUCACAAUGAGAGCGUGAAUCGAAAAAUAGCUACGUUUCAUCAUCCAUCAGUCUCAGUACACAAUGUAAGACAAAAGACUCAAAGUUUUUGAAUUUCUUUGAGUGAGAUGCUAAUGGUCUAUUCCGAUUUAAUGAUUUAUGCUAAGCUAAGCUAAAAGUGCUAAAAGAGAUUUUCUGAGCGGAUUUAAAAAUGCUAAUAUUUAACUCUAGGUGACUUGUAAAAUGAGCCAAUUUUCUCGAAAUAAGUGGAAUGUUCCUUAGAACUUGAGUAAAUUUGAAAAAGAGUUGGCACAAGCUCGCCGUGACCAUCAGCGCUGCCUCAUUUAUAGUGGGAUUGUAAAUGCAUCUGUGCUUUUGCAGUAAUUGUAAGCAUUAAUGCUGUAGAUGUUCUACCCUUGUGCUUUCAUCCACCUUACCUUUCUGUACAUUCCUAUCUUUCACAGAUGAUCUAUUGCUAUAUUGUGUUAAGUAAAGCUACAUGUAUAAUGCCGAGUACACGCCGUACUAAACAGAUGAAUAUUUUGUUACUUGUGCAGUAUUCCUCCAUCCAGUCUUGUAGCGUAGUGGGCAAACUGAUGCACACUGACUUGUCUAUUUUCUUCCUGCCCAUUUGUAUAAUCUUGCCAAAUAAGAUAUUUAAUAAUUUAUGUAAGUAUAAGUUGUAACGGUGAAUACACUACUUGUUCCCCACCAGUGAAGUUGCUAAGUAGUUUACACAUAAAAGCUUAAUGCACUACACCUGUACACUGUAAAAAGCUGUGGGUAAUAAAGCUUUUUCAUUUGAA